AUGAACGACGAGGCCUGGCUCCUCGACGUCGUAAAGCGGUGCGGCGUCCACGAGGCCCGGGCGUCGGCGCUCGCGCGGGCCGGCGCGCAGAUGCUGCGGCGGCUCGCGAUCAAGUGCCCGCCGGGCGUCUUCGGCAAGGGCGAGUGCUGCCGGCGCGCCGUGGCGCUCGAGCUUGCUGCUAGAGAAGCGGGCGGCGCCAACUUAAGACGAGAAGCGCUGCUGACGGCGUGCUCGUCGCGGCCGGCGGCCUACGACCGAGUCCUGCGGCACGCCGAGUCGGCGCUCGGCGCGCGGACCAUGAGUUCCGGGGGCUCGGCGGCAGUCGUCGACACGAUCGAGCAGCUGGCGCGGGCCGUCGUGGCGGACGAGGCGUCGGCCGCGGCCGUCGCCGACGCGGCGCGGGGCCUGCAGACGAUGUUGCGGCGGGGCGCGCACCCCGACGGCGCGCAGCGCGCCGCCUGCGUCGCGGCCGCGGGGCAGAUCCUGGAUCUGGACGCGCAGCGGCUGUGCGCCGCGGCGGGCUGCUCGUCGAAUGAUUUCGCGACGGCGUGUCGCGAUCUGGAAACGGCUCGACGGCGCCAGCGCGACGAGAGCCAGCUGGCCUUCUUCGACGCGCCGCAGGGCGUGGCGGCGCGGGGCGCGGGGACGCGCGGCGCGCGCGCGCGCGAGGCCGUCCUGGCGCAGCAGCCGGCGCGUCCCCGGUCGCCGUCGCCGGAGCCGGUCCCAGAGGAGCCCGAGGGCGAUUUGUGCUACGAGGACUUUGCGCUGCAACUGCUGCGCGAGGAGUGCGGCCGGCGGUCCGUGCCGUGCCCCGCGACGCUCGUGCCGGCGGAGGCGGUGGACGAGGUCUACGCGGCGGACCUGGAGACCGAGGAAAUCAGGCGCGUGCGCGAGGCCUUUCCCACGGCGGACCAGUGGGCGCCGCCGGCCGAGGAUGAGCUAAUAGACGGCGACUCGUCCGACGGCGACGCGCCGGCGGCCGCCCGGGACUUCGUGUGCCAGAAGGGCUGCGGCCGGGCCUUCGCGACGGCGCGCGGCCGCGGCGUGCACGAGCGGACCUGUGUUGGUGCACAGGACGGCGCGGGCGACGACGGUGAGGACGACGACGACGCGGAAAUCACACCGCCGGAAAACGCGCCGCCGCCGCCGCCGCCCAAGAAGAACCGGCGCGCGUCGCUCGAGCCCCACCCGGAUUUGCAGCGGGAGACGCGGCCGCUGCCGCGCGCGCGGCCCUGGCGGCUCCAGAACGGCGCGGCGUCGGACGAUGAGGUGGACGAGACGGGCCCGCCGGACGCGCCGCGGAAGCGGCGGUCGUCGCUCGGCGCGGCGCGCAGCGCGUCCCAGGGCAAGCCCCGCGUCGUCGUGUCCUGCGCGAGUGGAGAUCGGGACCUCGAGCAAAUUCAGAAAUUGAGCCAGUUGUGCGACGCGGCCGGCUGCCAGUUGGUACGGGAGGCGGCGGACGCGAACGUCCUGGUCGUGGGCCCGCAGAUCGAGCCGAAGACGUCGCUGGCCCUCGCGCGCGCGGCGGGGCUGCCCAUCGUGUCGGCGGACUGGUUGCGGGCGCGGUCGCGGGGCUUCGCGUCGCAGCUCGACGACUUCGACGCGGCGACGCUCGCGCGCGAUGCUGUAUUCGAGAAGACGUUCGGCGUCGAUUUGGGGGACGUGCUGCGGCCGCGGAAGCCCGGCGUGCUGGCGGGGUUUGCCGUUUUACCUAGACCCGGCGCGGAGGCGGCGUACGGGUCGGACCGGCACCGCUACGAGGCCGCGGUCGAGGCGGGCGGGGCGCUCUGGUUGAGGAAAAGAGAGCACCUGCCGGCGGACCGGCGGCUGAUCAAUCUGGAUCGGCACUCGCUGCCCGUGGCCGACGGCGAGCUCACAAUGGACGAGCGGGACCUGCUCCUGUGCCUGAUCCGGGACGAGCGGCCGCCGGACCGGCUGCGGACGCGCGCGGCGCUGACGGCGGCGAAGCGGUGAGCUGUCGAGGGGAGUUGUGUAAUUGUUUGACG